CCCAGCUGUGUGUCCUUGAAGAGUGACAGAUCAAAGGAUUUACGUAUCUAUUUUAAAGAUGCUCCUGGUUUUCCUUCAGAAAGAGUGGACCAGCAGAUCUCAGAGUCCCCCAGUGGUCCGUCUGUCCAGCAGCAUCAGACCCAGCUGGACUCCGUCUUUCAGCUGCUGGAGGAUGACAUCGUCAUGUUUGUGAAGGACGAGCUGAAGAAGAUCCUGAAGGUUCUGAGUCCAGAUUACCCAGAAUCCUCAGAGAGUCUGGAGGAUGAUGAAGAUGAAGAGCAGAAGAGCAUCAGAGAGACAUUCAUGAAGAUCACAGUGAAGUUCUUGAGGAGGAGGAAGCAGGAGAAGCUGGCCGACCUCCUGCAGAGCAAGACCACCGCUGCCGUUUGUCAAUCCAAACUCAAAGUUCAGCUGCAGAAGAAGUACAAGCAUGUGUCUGAGGGGAUCAUUAAAGCAGGAAAUAAAACCCUUCUGGAGCAGAUCUACACGGAGCUCUACAUCACAGAGGGAGGGACCGGAGACGUCAACAAAGAACAUGAAGUCAGACAGAUUGAAGCAGCUUCCAGGAAACCAGACAGAGCAGAAACAGCCAUCAGACAGGAAGACAUCUUUAAACCCCCACCUGGAACAGAUGAACCAAUCAGAACGGUGAUGACGAAGGGAGUGGCCGGCAUCGGGAAAACAGUCCUAACACAGAAGUUCAGUCUGGACUGGGCUGAAGGCAGAACCAACCAGGACAUCCAGUUCCUGCUUCCAUUCACCUUCAGACAGCUGAAUGUGCUGAGAGAGGAGAAGUUCAGCUUGGUGGAACUAGUUCAUCACUUCUUCACUGAAACCAGAGGAAUCUGCAGCUUUGAAGAGUUCCAGGUCGUGUUCAUCUUUGACGGUCUGGAUGAGUGUCGACUUCCUCUGGACUUCCACAACUCUACAAUCGUCAGUGACCCCAGAAGGUCCACCUCAGUGGACGUGCUGCUGACAAACCUCAUCAGGGGGAACCUGCUUCCUUCUGCUCGUCUCUGGAUCACCACACGACCCGCAGCAGCCAAUCAGAUCCCUCCUUACUGUGUUGACAUGGUGACGGAGGUCAGAGGGUUCACUGACCCACAGAAGGAGGAAUACUUCAGGAAAAGGUUCAGAGAAGAGGAGCAGACCAGCAGGAUCAUCUCCCACAUCAAGACAUCACGGAGCCUCCACAUCAUGUGCCACAUCCCAGUCUUCUGCUGGAUCACUGCUACGGUCCUGGAGAACGUCCUGGAGAACGUCCUGGAAACCAGAGAGGCAGGGGGGCUGCCCAAGACCCUGACUGAGAUGUACAUCCACUUUCUGGUGGUCCAGGCCAAACUGAAGAAGGUCAAGUAUGACGGAGGAUCUGGGACGGAACCACAUUGGAGUCCAGAGACCAGGAAGAUGGUGGAGUCUCUGGGAAAACUGGCUUUUGAGCAGCUGCAGAAAGGAAACCUGAUCUUCUAUGAACCAGACCUGAGAGAGUGUGGCAUCGAUGUAAGAGAGGCUUCAGUGUACUCAGGAGUGUUCACCCAGAUCUUUAGAGAGGAGAGUGGCCUGUACCAGGACCAGGUCUUCUGCUUCAUCCAUCUGAGUGUCCAGGAGUUUCUGGCGGCUCUUCAUGUCCAUCAGACCUUCAUCAAGUCUGGAGUCAACCUGCUGGAGGAACAGAGAAACACAGAGACUGACCUCUAUCAGAGCGCUGUGGACAAGGCCUUACAGAGUCCCAACGGACACCUGGACUUGUUCCUGCGCUUCCUCCUGGGUCUUUCACUGGAGACCAAUCAGAACCUCCUACGAGGUCUGAUGACAUCAAACCAAAGAAGUUCACAGAACAAUCAGGAAACAGUUGAAUACAUCAAGGAGAAGAUCAGUGAGGAUCUGUCUGCAGAGAGAAGCAUCAACCUGUUCCACUGUCUGAAUGAACUGAACGAUGGUUCUCUGGUGGAGAAGGUCCAACGGUCCCUGAGGUCUGGACGUCUCUCCAGAGAUAAACUGUCUCCUGCUCAGUGGUCGGCUCUGGCCUUCAUCUUACUGUCAUCAGGAGAUCUGGAGGUGUUCGACCUGAAGAAGUUCUCAGCUUCAGAGGAGGUUCUACGGAGGCUGCUGCCGGUGGUCAAAGCCUCCAAGAAAGUUCUGUAA